GCCGGGCGGUGGAGGCGGGGCUCCCUGGGCGCGUGCGCGGCGGCCUGGGCGACGGGCCCCUCCCUUGGCGGGGGCGCGCGGCGCGGAGGACCACACGGAAAGGGGGAAGUCAGGUGGCCGCUGCCGCCGCCGCCACGGUUUGUCGCCAGAAGGAAGAUGGCGGAUCUGGAGGAGCAGUUGUCUGAUGAGGAGAAGGUACGUAUAGCAGCAAAAUUCAUCAUUCAUGCCCCUCCUGGAGAAUUUAAUGAGGUUUUUAAUGAUGUUCGGUUACUGCUUAAUAAUGAUAAUCUUCUCAGGGAAGGAGCAGCCCAUGCAUUUGCACAGUACAACUUGGACCAGUUUACUCCAGUAAAAAUUGAAGGUUAUGAAGAUCAGGUAUUGAUAACAGAACAUGGCGACUUGGGAAAUGGAAAGUUUUUGGAUCCAAAAAACAGAAUCUGUUUCAAAUUUGAUCACCUAAGAAAGGAAGCAACUGAUCCGAGACCUUACGAAGCAGAAAAUGCAAUUGAAUCAUGGAGAACUUCAGUAGAAACUGCUCUUCGAGCUUAUGUAAAAGAACAUUACCCAAAUGGGGUCUGCACUGUGUAUGGUAAAAAAAUAGAUGGACAGCAAACCAUUAUUGCAUGCAUAGAAAGCCAUCAGUUCCAAGCAAAAAACUUUUGGAAUGGUCGUUGGAGGUCAGAGUGGAAGUUUACAAUCACUCCUUCAACCACUCAAGUGGUUGGCAUCUUGAAAAUUCAGGUUCAUUAUUAUGAAGAUGGUAACGUUCAGCUAGUGAGUCAUAAAGAUAUACAAGAUUAUCUAACAGUGUCUAGUGAGGUGCAGACAGCAAAAGAAUUUAUAAAGAUUGUAGAAGCUGCAGAAAAUGAAUACCAGACUGCCAUCAGUGAGAAUUAUCAGACAAUGUCGGACACUACUUUCAAAGCCUUACGUCGACAGUUGCCAGUUACACGUACUAAGAUUGAUUGGAACAAGAUUCUUAGCUACAAGAUUGGCAAAGAGAUGCAGAAUGCAUAAGAUGAACAUUGCAUGACCGGAUCAUUUUAGUGUCUUUGCGUUUAAAAAAAAAAUUGUUGCAAAAGUAUUCAGAACUGUCAAGCUGCCCAGUCAACAUGGGCUAUUGCCAUUUAAAAUCACUGUAAUUAAUUAGUUUGGUUAGAGCACAAAGCUUAGCUAAUCAACCAUUGUUUUUCAUUUCUUUUGUUCAAAGAGGGCUGAAAAUGAGUUUAGUUUAAGUGUCUUUUACUUUCUGUUUUUCCUUCCUUUCUUACAAUGAAAAGAUGAUUCCUCUUAUGGUUAAAAGUUUUUGAAAGUAUUUCAAAAUAUUUUACUUACUGUAACCCUAAAAUUGUCUUUUGGCUUAUGAAAUGGGUAACUUUUGAUAUUAGCCCACUUCUUUUUAAUGGGGUCAAUAACGGACAUUCUAGUUUAAGGUGGUUGAUAGACUUAGCCAUAUAUGCUGCUAAAGAAAUUGUCUACCUUUUCCCCCCUCACCUCUUCCACUUAUGUAAGAUUGAGAUUAGAGGGAAAGCAUUUUCUAUAUCAAUUGUGUUAAACCUUUCAGUAAGGUUAUUUAGCUAGCUUAGUGUUUAACUAAACUUUUUUUAAACAAGGCCAAGGUCUAUUGCUAUUUUGAGAUUCUGAAAUUAAAUGAGAAUACUUACUUCAGAAAUGCAUCUAAUGCUUUUUUUCUUGUGACAGUUACGCAAAUUAGCUUGAAUUCCGUAUGUCCCUGAGUUAUUUUUAUCAUAAAGCCACAAAUGUAUUAUAACAAGGCAAAUUGUAAUAUAUAUAAUCCUGAACUCAUGACCAUGUCUCAGUUUAUUUUUUCCCUUGGAUUGAAAAGUACUGAAAUUCAGUGUGACAUUAAAUGCAAAUUUUCCUAUUUGAGUAGAAAAUCGCCAGUAAUUCCUACACUAUUUUGAAUAUUUUCUUUGGAUAUUGUAAUUCUCAACUGGUUGUAACUUAGAGAAGCUGGGGGUACAUAUGGUGUGCAGUCUUAAGUUUUUCCAUCUUCCUAUGCAUCAUGAGCAUGUUUGUAAUAUUUAAAACAAUAGAUUUACUGAUACUACAGGAAUUUCAAGCCUGUGGUGAAUGUUAGUAUUUACUAUAAGGAGUUGGGUGGAUUUAUGGGUUCAUUCAGUAGAGUUUUGAUGCUUAUACUGGAGUGGAAUCCAUUCCUUACAUACUCCUACAGAUGUCUGGGCCUGGAAAUGUUUUUUUUAAAAAAAAACACCACUUUUAUUAUGUAUAAUAAAAUAUUUCAUUAGCUUGAGUUGUAUAGAUUUUUUAAAAUUCUCUCAAAGCAUGUUAUUUCUUUCUUUUUAAAAUCACUUGGAUUUUGAAAGCAUUGAGAAUAUAAUUUGAAAUUAUGACAUCUGGGGCUAAUUUUCUCUUUAGUUUUUGAAAAUUUUGGCAUAUUGAGAUGCCUAAGGAAUAUGAAUUGGUAACAUUAAAUAUCUGUCCUUGUUUCAAGAUAUUUUCAAAAAUUUGAAAAUGAUUCUGAACUAGAUACUAGGUGAAUCUGUAUUGAAGCUUGGUUGUAUCACUUGGGUUAUCAUGGGUUUAUAUCCCUUGGAAGUCAGUUACUUUGGCUCUGUUUUAUAACCUAGAAAACAUUCUUGAAAAUACGCAGCUAUUUUUAAGAUUUGUUUGUGAAAAGUAAAAUUAUCAAAAAUAAUUCAGAACACAUGCCAAAAUAAUGGUUGCUCAGUAGAUUACUGUUUUAUAGGCUAUGAAUCACAUUUUAUUAUAGUAAAAGCUGAAUGUAGUUCAGGGAUAUGGUUUUAAUAGGAACCCUGAAAGUUCCUAUGUUGAAUAGGAUGAAGUGUGGGAGCAGAAGCAGAAUAACUAGGAGGCUGCUGCAGUAGUGCAGUUGAAAGAGACUGGUGGUUAUCGAGGUGGUCAAGUGGUAGGUGAAAUCAGCAAGAUUUGCUGAAAGCAUGAUUAUGGAAUGUGAGAUAAAGAGAACAGACAAGGAUGUGUUGGACUUGAAGAAUUAGGGACUAUUCUAGAAGGAGCAGGUAGGUAGUGGUUGGGGGGGCGGGGUAGUGGUCAGGAGCUUGGUUUUAGAUUUCAAGGGGAAAUACCAUGUAGCAGGUUAACAGGAAGCAGAAGAAUGCUCUAGUUAGAAGAAUGGGAGAAUAAGCCUGGGAAACAGUUUGAUAGCCAGGCAAAAUGAAGGACUCCUCUCAAUUAGUGAUCCUUGGUUUAAAGCUGCGUAGGUGCGGGCAUAGAGUGUUUGAAUUGAAUUCAGCCAAGAUUAUUGUUUUGCCAGUAGUGACUCAAUUCACGAGGAGGGACUCAGAGUCCAGGACAGCCUAUGGAGUUUAAGCUGGAUAAGCAAGGAAGUAAGGUUGUUGCAAGGAGAAGGAGGAUAGUGAAAAUGUGGCAUAGUUGAUGAACUGGGGCACUAGAAAUAGAGGAAUUCAUAGUGGUGUACUUAAAAUUGAGAUUUCGAGUAUUGAGAGUAACUAGUAAUAACAAGUGUGAGUGAGGGAGAAGAACCGGAGUGCAGACAACCACAAAGCCUCAGGUUGAACAGAUCAUCUCUGAAUACUGAAAUCAAUUCUGUAAGAUGUGUUCUGGCACCAGUGCUGUUUUUCGAGAUAUACAGGUGCUCCUUGAUUUGCAGUGGGGAUACAGCCUCAUUGAACCAACCAUCAGAAGCUGAAAAUGUUGACAGUCCAAAUGCAUUUAAUACAUCCACCCUUCCAAACAUCAUAACUUAACAGGGCCUACCUUUAACAUACCCAGAACACUUCUACUGGUCUACAGUUGAGCAAAGGUAUCUAAAACAAGCCUGUUCUAUAUUAAAAUAUUUGCUAUCAUGUAGUUUAUUGAACCCUAUACUGAAAGUAAACAACAAAAUGGUUGUGUGGGAACACUUCACACCAUUGAGAAGACAAAAGUUGUAAAUCAGUCCCCAUCUUUUCCUGGAUAUACUAUAUUUCUGUGAUAUUUUUAUAAGUUAUGUAAAUAUGUGGAACAUAUGUUCAUGAGGCUUUUCCUUGUUUGGGAUUUUGAAACUAAAAUUUAGAGAGCAAGAGCUUUUAAAAGAAAGACAUCCUCAAAAUUCUGGUUCUUUACAAAUAUUCCUAAAAAGUGAAAUUCUUAAUAAGGUUAGUUAAGGAUAACUAUAUGUGUUUCUAGCAUUUGAAUAGCCUUUUCUAUGUUUAAAAUCAUUUAGAUUUUUAAUAACCACACUGAAAGCUUUGGAAAAUGAAGAUGCUUUCAAAAGAUCUUCCAUACUCAGCAUCAGUCUGUGCCCUUGGCCAGGUAUUGAGUAUAAAAUAUAAAAGCACAUUUAGCCAAGAGUUGACUCAGGCUUUAUAAUAGGUGCAUGUUAUCAAACAUCCCAAGAAGGAUGUAUUUUGGGCUGAGGAUAUAGCUCAAUUGGUAGAAUGCUUGCCUCAUAAGCAUAAGGCCCUGGGUUCAAUCCCCAGUACCACAAAAAAGAAGGAUGUAUCUUUCCUUUCCCUUCUCUUAAGGUGGAUUAUUUCAAAGCAAAAUCACAGUAUACUUAUUAAUUGUAUAGAUCUGGGAACUUGAAACUGAGAGCUUUUUAAAGAUAUACGUUUUGUUUAGUUUUCUGCAAAUUUGAUAUUCUGGGUGUUAUGCAAAAACUUUAUUGUACGAUUGACCAGGAGUGCUAGCUAUUGAAGAAUAUAUAAAAUACUUACCAACUAAAAGUAAAAGGGCCAAUUAAACUUUUACGGUCUCAUAGAUAACAAAUUGUCAUGUCAUUUAAGAUUAAUCAGACUAUAUCAAGAGGCCUACUCUAGGAAUUAUGGAGUUCAGAAAAUAUGAACUCUUUCUUAAAGGAGUCUACAAACUAGUCAGGGACCUGUAGCAGUGUUUUCCAGUCUUUUCCUCAUCACAACAUACAUAAAAAAUGCUGGAACUCUUAAGGCCCACAGCAUGGAAUGGGUAAGUCAGCUUGGCAGUUGAGGGAAUCAGUUUUUUGGCACACUUUGGAUCCACUUAGGAAGUGGAGCCACAGAGAACACAUUGAAUGACAUGUUUAUUUUAUCAUUAAGAUUUAAGGUUCUUCAAGCCUGCCUUACCUAAGGUGUCAAGCCAAUAAAGGUUUUCUGGAAAGGAUAAGUUUUCAGCUCUACUUGGGCAUACUUAAGUAUGAACGUAACUGGUAGGCAGGAGAUCCUCUAGUAUAUCAGUAAAGCAUCAAAAUACAGUUAACAGGUUCCUACUGUAAAACAUCUAGUUCAAAACAUUCCACAGCUAUAAAAUUAAAUCACUAAGAAUAAAGUUAAAAAUAAGUGUUUUAUCAGCUAUUGUGUGGCUAAUAAGAUACUAAGAUAUUUUUAUCCCAAGUUUUGGUAUAACCUAACAACAAUGUACAUUAGUUUAAGUUUUCAUUCUUGUGCAGUGUGACUGAAUCAGGGAACAAACAUUUCUUCUUAGACUGAAUAGAAAACACGGAUCACAGAUGCCAUAUGAGCCACUCAUUGUAACAACAUAAAUCUUCACUCAUUGCUUGUAGGAAUUAAAGUUCUGAUUAAUAGGUUAAUAGAGACUGUUAAGAAAACAAAAUUGUUGUAUCUUAGAAUAAUGGGUUAUUGGGAAAAUUUGUAAAAUGCUCAGUCUUUGAGCCAAAUAAAUUUGCAAGGAGUUCUCUUACAAGAAUACCCCUAGAACUCUUGCAGACUAAACUGUACAAACUUAUCUUUGUCUUCGACUUCAUGUUUUGUGGUGCUAACUUGCCUACCAAGCAAAAGCUGUACUGAUUCUGAACACAGAUAUCUGCCAUCCCAGACUUACACCUGGAAAAGUGAGUGCUUGCCUCCUGUUUCCCAAAAUAGUACCAAAAAGGAAUUACCCAGGAACCAGAGCUGCAGCUCUUCUAAGUAUAAAUUAAGCAUUGGAGAAGGCUUUUUAGUUCUUUUCAAACAGCAAAAUAUGGAGGAUCAGGGUUCUGAUGAAUGUUUUAGGGCACUGAAAGCAUCUCAGAUGAGGAAAAAGGAAAGUAAAAAAAUGAGGGGCAAAGCCAAGAAAGGAAAAUCCUGCCCAUGUAUGGUAAUUUUUUUUUUUUUUUUUUUUUUUUUCUCACUGGGACUUUAUGGAGGAAAAAGGAAAUUCCAUUCCAGGGACUAGAAAUGGCAAAAAGCCUUAAAUCAAUCUAAAUGUCAGGCAAUGAAGAAUGAUUACACAUAGUGUGGAUGGUUCCAUUGCAUAGCAUAUAGGUUAUGAAACCUCAUACUUCAGAGCUCCAUAUAGUAACAUCACAAAAUUGUUGAGAGGAAAGCAAGUUACAGAAAGUACACUAGGAUAUUGGGUUAUAUGGACCAAAUGGACUACAAAGCCAAAUCCAGAUAGUAAAUGCUUGAGAGGAAUAUACAGGAGUGGGAUUUGGGAAUAGCACAGAGAGAUUUGAUGGCAUUCCUGGGAGUUUCUUUAACUGGUUGAUAGAUAUACAGGUGUUCAUUUUAACAUUCUCACUUUUUUUAUGCCUAUUUUUCACUUAAAAAUGUAACCUAGGCUCACAUUUAGAACUGCAUGAAAUAGAUAUAGACCCUGAUUAGAAAAGUGGAAAAGUUCAUAUCCAUAGGCUAAACUCAAGAGAGAAUUUCCCAAUACUUUUUCAAAAAGUCACUAGACUCCUACUGUCUUACAGUGAAUUUUAUCUAAGUAUCUGUACUUAGAUAAUUUUCUGUGUUACAGGAGUUAUUCUAGGUGGUAGAAAAAUGAGUGUGGCAAAAGUUUUAAAAUCCUGUCAAAAUUAAAAAAAAAAAAAAAAAAAAAAAAA